AUGUAUAAUAAGAUUUCCCGAGUUGCUCCAGUUGUAUUGAGUAAAGAACAGAUUGCUUUGAAGCUUAUAUCGUUACCUCACUGGAAGAUCGAAAAUAGUAAAUUAGUGCGAGAACCGAUUGAAGUGAGAGAUUUUGAGACUGCUUGUUCGUUGUUUAAUGCCAUUGCUAUGAGGUCUCAUCUUUGGGGCCACCAUCCUGAAUUGACGUUGAAUUACAAUCGGCUUGGAAUUAAGUUGACCACACACGAUAUUGGCAAUCAGGUCAGUGAUAUUGAUUUGAAAUUAGCUAAAAGGAUCGAAAAGUACGUGGAUAUGUACAAAUUUGAAGAAGGAGUUGCGGAAGAAAAGUAG